AUGCUUAAAAAAGUAUUAAACAUCAAGGCCUCCUCCCAGCCCAGCUCAGCGGUCCAGGAUCAGGGUCCGGAGCCCAAAGUGCCCCAGGAGCCCCAGAAACCAGCUCCAGCUCCCGGUGCCGGGGGGGAGGGCGAUGGCCACGCGUUUUUCUCUGACGAGCCGGACCUGUCCACCCUCACCUUGGCAGAGAAAAUGGCCCUCUUCAAUCGCCUCGCUCAUCAAACAGCAAAGAGCCCUGAGGCCCGAGGGGACACCCGGCAGCGCAGGGCCAACGCCCGCUUUCAGACUCAACCCAUCACCCAGGGAGAGGUGGAGCAGGUAGCUGAUCCUCCAGUCACCUCUGAGGUGUGUAACGGUGACAUAAAGACCAAUCAGGGACAACAUCUGAAAACCGGAGGUGAGAUCAAACUGGAGCCUCUGUCUGCGUCCCUAGUUCGCUCCGUGGCAGCCGUCGCCUCCCAAGCCUCUGUCGCCACAGUAACCGGCAGCGGAGACAACGACGACAACCUCCGUCCAGGGAAGUCCACGGCGGUCCCUUACAUCCCUGCCCAACAACAGGCGACCUGCAACACCAGCAGCCACCAGGAGAGGGCGUUGAGGUAUUUCUCCAUGACCCAGAGCGGGGACCCCGGCCACCCCGAGCCCGAUUUCAACGCCUCCCCUCUCCCCCCUGAGAGCCGGCAGAGAGUGGGGGCUCCUCUGGCUCCCACAUCCUCUGUCAGUCACAGGGAGGCGCUGGAGGAGGAGGAGGAGGUCAGGGGGAGACAGCAGGGAGGAGGAGCCAGAGAAGACGGCAGCGUUAAGGGAAAGCAGGACACCGGGCAGCAUCCCCAGCCUCACUCUUCAGACUCCUCUUUGUGGAGGGCAGAGUCAGAGCCCCUGCCCAGCCGGAGAGCCGCAGACAGAGGACACUCCCAGGAGAGCAGGGAGAGAGCGGAGGGGAGAGGAAGAGGAAGAGGAGGGUACCUGAGAGAGGCAGCUCACAGCUCCUUCACACAGGAGCAGGAGAGGAGCGGCGGCCGGAGCCAGCCAGGCAUCUCAGAUUUGCACGAUCAUCCCGCUCCCCUGAAGCCACUGAUCGCUAAAGUCUCAUCCAGGACAGUGUCUCACGUCUCAAGCAGCCAGCAGCAAACCCAGCCACCUCCAACUCUUCCUAAAACCUUCCCUCAGCAGCAGCCUCCUCCAACACCCCCCAAACCUGUGGUCACCAUCCAGUCGCAGCCCCCACCAACGCUCCCCAAAGCCAUCACUCAGUCCCCACAAACGCAGCCCAAACCUCCAGGAUUCGUCCAGCCUCUCCCCAAGCCUUACGCUCAGACAGCCACCAAACCCCAGGUGCCCCCUCAGACGCCCCCCAAACCCCAGUCCUUCCCCCAGGCGCUGGUCAAGUCCCAGUCCCUCCCCCUGGACCACAGCGAGGACUUUGACAGGCUCAGCGACUACUCUGGAGAUCUGCUGUCCCCCACAGAGUCUGGAGAGCUGCUUUCUGAAAGCAUGUCCGCCAAACAGAUGUCCAUCAGGGAGAGAGUGGCACUGCUGAAGAAGAGUGGUGAAGAUGACUGGAGGAACAGGAUCAACAAGAAGCAGGAAGUGGUUAAAGUGGCGACCACCGAGCAGCAGACUCAGCUGUGGGAGUCAGAGCAGACGAGCGAGAGGAAGGAGGAAGGGGUGGUCGUUCAAGAAUACUCCGCUGUGUCUGUGUCUGAGCAGCUGUGGGAACCUGUCUUCUCUUCCACCUUUUCUCCUACUAUAUCCCUCGGUCAAAAGUGUCAGUAUAUUGACCAUCAUAGUCAGAAGGUGGGAGAGGACAUCGAGGCCAAGAUGUCCAUUGAGGAGAGAAAACAGNCUGCACCUUUCUAA